AUGAUUCUUCCGAAAAUCAUACAUCUUGCACUUCUAGCUGCUUCGGCUGCUGCGCACUUCGUUGUCCCAAAUGACGACCAGAAUAUGUCGGGGAUCGUCGUCAAUGGUAUCCCGUACAGCACUCGUGUGAAGUAUAUGCGACUAGCAAAUGAAGCUCUCUUCGAGCAAAGCGGCCCAUGUCCUUUUGCUGCAUACGGCACUAUCAUUGUGAACCACACAAGCGAUGAGGUUGUUUGUCGAGGCGCAAACUUCCGCACCGGUGACCCAACGUAUGAUCCUUCCCGUCGAGCAAUUAACCAUAUACUGAUGUUCCACUUCAGCAUUCAUGGCGAAAUCUCCGCAAUCAAUGCCUGCACAGCUGUUUUCCAGGCCCGCAACAUGACAGCCACCCAGAUCUUCGCUGCAUGGGCAGACUUGUCAAUCUGUACGAACGCACCCUCGCUCCCACAAAAUCUCCUAACACCCAAUGCAGACACAAACGCAGAAUCAUGCCCCAUGUGCGCGUCUGCAAUCCGCUGGUCGGGUUUCAAGGAGUAUAUCUACGGCACCACUAUCCAACACAACUACAAUGCUGGUUGGGGCGUGAUCACGAUGUCCAGCUACGAUGUGUUUCAGCAGACACGCCAGUUACCGGGUUACCAGACGGUUAUGCUGGGGCAGAUUUUGACGAAUGAGACGGAUCCGCUGUUUAGCUGGCAGUAUAAUGAGAGCUAUCCGUGUCCGAAUGGGUGCGUGAAGGAGAUGAGUAAGACGAGGGGGUACAUGGCAUGUGUCGAUCCGAAUUCAACAUAG